AUGUCUACAGAGAAAUCUGUAGAUGAUGCCAUAAAGAAAUUAGCAACAUUUGGAGAUCAAGAUGUUUUUGAUAAUUUUGGUAAUCUAUUAGCCUUUCAAUUAAAAAGUAUUUCGAUGGAGGAUGCUAUAAAAUUACAAAUGUAUAUUAGUAACAUGGUAAAUAAAAUACUGUUAAUGAUACAUCAAUCCAAAUCUGUUUCGUCUUCUAGACUCUCUCGUCCAUCAACUUACAAUUAUAGUACUAACAGUACAAAUUAUUCAUCUGAUGACACCUCACUCAAUACGGUAUUAUAUAAAUACACAAAUGAGUAUGACUCGGAAGACAUCAAUAAUACGCUAAUAUAUGAAAAUUUAAAUCCAUAUGACAGAGAAGACGUAUCAGACAAUGCUGAAACUAGAGAUGUAAUAAGCAAAGCACUUCGAGGAAUACUUAAUAAUUAA